CCGCUGCCGAGCUCCAAAGCCACCUCCAAUUUCUAAUCUCAACCUCACAGUAGCUUCAUCCUCAUCCCCUUGGGGUUUCUUUUUUUGUUUACGCGCAAUUGUAUACUCGAGAUUGCUCUUUCUUGUUUGUUUGUCCAGACCUUGCGACUUUACCAAUUGAAGGACUCCCAGAGCGAUGCAGUGAUCCCCGCGUUUGCGCUUCGAGCUUCCUGUAACAAUAUCGUCCUCCGCAACCUUUACCACAUUCCCUCAAGCUUGACUCCUUCUCAAGAUGGCGUCCUCUUCAAAGUCAGCUUUGACUUCAAACAGGCGGAGGAACCGCAGACGUCGUCAGGACAAGCCUGCCAUUGCUGCAAAACUGGUGCUUGACGAUCAUAUUAAGAGCGAUGUCGGCAUAGUAUCCGAGGACAUCUUUCGAGAUCUCUUCCCCCAUCUAGGUAACGCUCAACUCUACCAAGGCGCUACCGAAGACGUUCACCACAUUGCGAUCGCUCCGUGGAUACCCAAUGCCAACCCUACCGACAGUCCGUGGUCAAUUGUACCCAUUAUCGAGUCUUCUGCACUCGCGCCCUCGACCGUCCGAUUUUCACCGUCUUCUGCUUCCUUACAAAGCUUUGCCGUGACGCUACAACAGGUCGCGCCAUCCAAGCUAUCAAGUCACAGCCGCGGCGGAAUCGAGAUUCUCGUGCUUGACGUGGCGCCCGUUCCUCUCGAGACCGUUUUCGUGAGCCUGGAGAGUGAAUUGACGAAAAGACUGGAGAAUGGGGAGGGUACCUUCUUCCGAGAUCACCCUGCCAGCUCCAAGGCGAAAGGGGCCGAUUCAACACCGGAUGGGCGCCUUGUGACUUCUCUGAGAGCUGCCCUGAGCAGUCUAAAGGUUGUACAUGCAGGCGAUCUAUUUCCACUUCCUCUUCCGCCGCACCCUCUUACACACGUGCCUCCGAACCCUGGAAAGAUCAUGCUGUGCGAGCCUGUUGCCCAAGGUGUUUUAACGGAGUCAACCAAGAUCAUUCUUAUGCGCGGCCGUGUCCAUACCAAGCAGAUACGUCGCGUUGCUUCGAUGACCGCUAGCCAACAGCUUAAUGGUGUUCCCGAGGAUGAGGAUGAUACCAGCAACGACCAGUUCUACUCUGCAGCUGAGGAUCGCGAUAAGUCAGGAAUGACGACCGAGGAUAUGGAGUCCGCGACCGAAACUGAGCCAGAUAUGUCUGAUUUCGACAACGAGGACGAAUUGUCAGAUGAUUCUAUGGACGAUAUGAUUUCUUUGCAAGCACCAACUCUGCCCACAACCAAUGCCAGCGGUGUAUCAACACUACAGCCAGGCACGCCUAUGACAGUUGGAACUCUUCGUGGCAGGAAAACAAAUGGAAUUGCAACGCCUGGCUCCGUUUUCUCCAAUUUUACUGCGACCACUGCUCGACCAGACCGCCCUCGAGGUCGUCUUUUCAAGGCCCAGGGUCUGAUGGAACAAAUUCCGACAGACCUUUUGCACCCGAAGCCAUCUCUAGAAGACGACGAGGAAGCGCGAAUCUACGUCGAUGUGACAUCGUUAAGCCGAAUUGGAUGUUUUUCUGGAGAUUGGGUAAGAAUAGAAGCUGCAGAGGAACCCCCUGCAAAUGGAUUUGGUGCAUUUGGCCUCGGAAGUUUUGGUCAAGUUGAGUCGGAGCCUGCCAAAUGGCGACCCGUUCGAGUCUACGGUCUUCCUGAAGGGUAUUCGCAACGGCCAAUGACUAGAAUACCCAGCGCUAAACAUGGUGAGAGAAGAUUGUCAUUCUUCGAAUCCCAGAUUCAGCGGCCGGCCAGUCCCACUGCCUAUGCCUCACCAAUACUCUUAGCCAAUCUUGACGAUGCACCCUAUCUACGUCUUGCGCCCCUGAAAAAGGCAUCGUAUCAAGGCAAGGGAACAAUUCCUCGAUUUACUAGUGCAGCUCGUCCCCCCUACGCUCGAGAUAUUACUAUCCACCACAUUCGAACUCCUAUCUCUGCAGAGCGAGCUUUCCAAACCGCCGUUCUAGGUGGGCUCAAACGAUACUUCGCACAGAAAAUCCGCCUUGUUCGAAGCGGCGAUCUUAUCGCUGUCCCAGUCGACGCUGAGCUUGGCCGUACGCUCCAGGAGAUGCCUGGUGCAGGAGGAUCCGAAGUGGACGAUGUGAUGGCGCUUACUGCUGGUGGACAGGAGGGAGGAAAGCAACCCUCCAAGUUCGACAGCGUAGCAUGGUUCAAGGUUGGACAUAUUCAAAUUCAGAAAGCGGAUGAGGACGAAGAUGGAAGCGCCGAGGCUUUCUGGGGAUCAGUUGCGUGCAUUGAUAGUUCAUCUGUUGCCAUGCAUGGUUCAGGCUUCGAAACAAGUCGCAUACCAGGUAUCAAGCAGAGCACAUGGCAAUAUUACCUUGGUCUUAAGAAGACACCAAAAAAGGCAUCGGAGUCGACACCAGCUCCAAUCCAGGAACCGGAGUUACCAUAUGUGUCACCUCUCAGACGCCAGUUGAGGGAGCUGAUUGCAGCAGCCACGAGCGCCAGAGCUAUUCAUCUUAAGAUGCCCCCUGUCGCAAUUCUGUUGACAUCAACACAUCGAAACAUUGGAAAGUUAACUCUGGCGUCAGGCGCUUGUUCCGAUAUGGGUCUUCAUACAUAUAAAAUCGACGCGUAUGAUAUUCUCAGCGAGGGAAGCGGCAGUGGAAACGAUGUGAAAACUGAGGGUUUUCUCAGGACAAGAGCCGAACGUGCCAUGAGUUGUGGUCCUGAUUGCUGUGCUUUACUCGUUCAGCACGUCGAGGCCCUCACUGCUGAUCGUAUCGAGUCAACGAUCAAGGAGAUUCUAGAAGACACACGAGUUUUGAUUGCCACAACGAAUGAGGUUGACAAAGUACCCGAUGGCGUUCGAGCCUUGUUUACACACGAGUUAGAAAUGACAGCUCCUGACGAAGCGGAGCGUGAGUCUAUUCUGAAAUCCAUCAUUAGUGAUAGGGGUGUCAGCCUUGAACCUUCGAUCGACCUCAACUCAAUCGCUCUCAAGACCGCUGCGCUCGUGGCUGGCGACUUGGUCGAUGUUGUUGAGCGUGCCUCUAUCGCUCAGCAGUCACGACUGGAGCAGCUCUCAGCCAAGAAUACGCAUGACAACACGAUUAUCACGGUACGAGAUGUGCAGGUCGCUGGUGGUCCCCUUGCCCGCUGCCUUACCAAGGGAGAUUUUGAAAUUGCCGUCGAGGCUGCUCGCAAGAACUUCUCUGACUCUAUUGGUGCACCAAAGAUCCCCAACGUUACCUGGGAUGAUGUUGGUGGUCUCAACAACGUCAAAGAAGCCGUUACUGAGACCAUUCAACUACCACUUGAACGUCCUGAGCUGUUUGCGAAGGGUAUGAAGAAGCGAUCAGGUAUUCUGUUCUACGGUCCUCCCGGAACUGGAAAGACAUUAUUGGCCAAGGCGAUUGCUACUGAAUACAGUCUCAACUUCUUCAGUGUGAAGGGACCAGAGCUUCUCAACAUGUAUAUCGGAGAGUCCGAAGCCAAUGUUCGACGCGUGUUCCAACGUGCUCGCGAUGCUAGACCUUGCGUUGUCUUCUUCGACGAGUUGGAUUCAGUGGCACCCAAGCGUGGCAACCAAGGCGACAGUGGUGGUGUUAUGGACCGUAUUGUCUCCCAGCUUCUGGCAGAACUGGAUGGUAUGUCUGGAGGUGAUGAUGGCGGCGGUGGUGUUUUCGUUAUUGGAGCAACCAACAGGCCAGAUCUUUUGGACCCUGCCCUUUUGCGACCUGGUCGAUUUGAUAAAAUGCUUUACCUUGGUGUCUCUGACACCAAUGACAAGCAGCAAACCAUUCUGGAAGCUCUGACCAGAAAAUUCACACUUCAUCCAUCAGUAUCACUCGCUUCAGUGGCAGAGAAACUCCCCUUCACAUAUACCGGUGCCGAUUUCUAUGCUCUCUGCAGUGAUGCAAUGCUGAAAGCCGUCACACGGCAGGCCACAGCUGUGGACAAUAAGAUUCGCGCCAUCAAUUCUGAUCCAGCAACCCAACAUCCCAUUUCCACGGCAUAUUAUUUUGAUCACUACGCUACCCCUGAAGAUAUUGCCGUUAUGGUCCAGGAAGAAGACUUCCUCGCAGCUAAUGACGAGCUUGUGCCUAGUGUCAGUGCUGGCGAAUUGGCUCACUAUGAACACGUCCGGGCAACCUUCGAGGGAGUCCGAGAGAAAGAGCCGGAAAACAAACCACCUCCAGUCCAACGUGUUGUCUCAGGGGCGUCGACAUCAUCAAAGGGCAAGGGUAAGGCAGUUGCUUCAGGAUCGAGCAAAGGCAAAGGCAAGGCGAUCGCAUUGACAAGCGGCGACGAAUUUGAUGAAGAGGACGAGGUGGAUGAUAUGAAUGGCAGAUCCAAGGGCAAAGGCAAGGCACCUAUGGGCUUCCAAGAUGGAACAGCCAGCGAUGACGAUGGCUUGUAUUAGUUGGGGAUGGAACAUUACGGCAUUAUAUAGCAUUUUUGUAUAUUGAGUGUUUGAGGGGAGAUUGGGUAUUUCUUGUUAUUAAUGUCAUGGUGGUAUAUCGGUUGAGUGUGACUAGACUCUGUACACUAUUAUUCCCCCCAUCUGACUAGAACAUUGAAGCAAAAUUCUUGAUUCGUUCUGCUCCAAAUCGCUCUUAUUUCUUGGCAUCCUUCUUGACUUCUUUCUUAGUGUCUUUCUUGGUAUCCUUUUUAGAGUCCUUCUUAGUAUCCUUCUUGGAAUCCUUCUUGGGGUCUUUCUUCACGUCUUUCUUGGUGUCCUUCUUAGGAUCCUUCUUGACUGACUUCUUGGUGUCUUUCUUGACAUCUUUCUUGUGGUCCUUUUUAGAGUCUUUCUUCGAGUCUUUGUGAGAGUCUUUCUUGAUCUCUUUCUUGGUGUUCUCGGACUCUUCUUUAGGCUUGUCAUCUUUGGCAGCUUCUGCAGUUUCUGCUGCUGCUGCUGCUGCUGCUGCCGCCUCGGGUUCUGGCGUUACCACAGGCUUCUUAGUUUCUUCUUCCUCAUCGUCUGUUUCGUCUUCAUCAUCUUCUUCGCUGUCCUCGUCACUAUCCUCAUCAGUGUCCUCCUCCUCCUCCUCUUCGGUCUCAUCCUCAUCGUCGUCCGAGUCAUCAUCGUCCGACUUUGUCUCAGCCUUCUUUUCCAAUCCGGGCUCUUCCUUUAUGGCCGUCUUAGCUUCCACAGCCUUAGCCUCGUCUGGGCUCACCUCCACACUGGCUCGUUUCAAGGAGGAGAUUGAUCCUGGACCGCUUUCCUUCCAAGUACCACUAGUCGGGCUCUGAAUAGCGUUUCGGCCUGCAUCAGUCUCGGCCCAUGAACCGGAUGUUGGUGAUUGAAUGCCAUCGGUCUUUGCGGCAGGAGUUUCUGAUUCCUUAGAUUUUCCAGUGUCCUUUGCGCUUCUGUCCUCCUUCUUAGCCUUCGCACCAUCCUUACCAUGAACCUUUUCUCGCAGAGUCUUCAGGCGAAGUUCCUUAGCCUUUUGCGCAGCUUCGUCGGCGACGGAUCGGACAGGUAGGGCCUUCUCUUCCUUCUUAGGUUCUGUAGAAGUCUUCGGUGUCGCAGAAGACGCGGCGGCCUUGGCUGCCGGUAGCGGAGGCGCAGCAGGAGCAGGCUUUGGAGCAGCAGCAGCGCUGGCGGCUGCUGCUGCUACAGCCUUGGCGACAGGCGAAGGGGUCAUGGAAGCAAGAAGGCCGCCGGUGAGGUCGAUGGGCCGUUUUAGCGGGGGCUCGGGAAGUUUAUCGUUGAUGGAGGGGAUGGUGAAUUCGUCAAAGUAAAUCGUGACAUGCUCCUUGAGCUCACCAUAUUCGUUCCAU